AUGGCGGCGGGCUGGCUCCCUGGGCUCCUCGCCGCUGGGGCGCUCCUCGGCGGCCCGGCGGCGGCGCUGCGGCCCGGCGGGCCGCCGGCGCCCCCGCGCGUGGCCGUGCUCGUGGCGGGCACCCCCGACCGCAUGCUGCUCGCGCCGCUGGUCGAGAACGUCAUCACCAGGAGGGCGAAGCUCUCUCUCUUCCUCGCCGUCGCCCCCUACGCGGCCCGUGGCUACGGGCUCGACCUCUUCCUGUCGCUGCGUCACGCGGGCCGCUUCGUGGUCGACCCCAGGCUCGCGGGCCUGCGGGAGACGCGCCACGGCUUCGAGGCGGGCCUCCUGAAGGCCAGCUGCCGCCUCGCGGCGGCGGCCGGCGCCACCACGUGCCAGGGCGGCGUGGAGCCCGACGGGCUGGAGCUGACGGAGCGGGUCAACGACAGUGCGCACCGGCGGAUGAUCAUCGAGUACAGCCCGUUGCGGACGCUGGCCGGGGUGUCCCUGCUCCGGAGGUGGCGGUCGCUGAGCAGCAUGUGGCAGCAGGCCAAGGCCCUGGAGGAGAGCGAGGGCUUCUUGUACGCCGAGGUCGUCAACGUUCGCGACGACAGCUAUUGGAUUGCCCCUCACAGCCCCUCGGUCGCGGACUUCCUGGAGGACCCCAAGAUGAUCAAGGUGAUCCCCUGCAUGGAUUUCCACGGCAUCAACGACAAGGUGGUGCACAUGGGCAGGGAUGCCGCCGACGUGAUGAUGGGCGCUUAUGAGGCGUGGAUGCAGGGCAGCGAGGCGAUCCUGGCCAACACCCGCAACGCGGAGGAGUUUUGGUACAGGAUGGCCGUCUCCCGCGGCCUGAGCAUCCAGACGCAGACAACGCCGCAGGCCUUGGCCGCGUUCACGGACGUGGGCCUCCCCUGCUUCCGGAAGCAGAAAAGCCACACCUGGCUCCGCGAGCAGUUUGGCGAAGAGGCCCUGGGCCUAGGCGCCUGCUUCGGCGACGGCGACGCCAACGGCGCCAUGGCAGAGCUGUUUUACGCGUUCAACUGCGACGACAUGAACCCGGUCUUCUACAGCCAGAUCUCUGCUCUGAGCGCAGGGGUACUCCACAGCGCCAUCAAGCAGCUGGCGCGGCAGGACAGGAACCCGGUCAUCGUCACCUUCGCGGACUCCGAGGCGGGACCCCUGGUGCAGAACAUGGUGUUCAGCCUCCGUGCCGCGGGCGAGCGGUCAGGCGUCCUCGUCGUUGGUGUUGCUCCCGGUGCGUGCAGGUCCGUGGACGCCGACGGACUGCCAAAUGUCGCUUGCGUCGUCGUGCCGCCAGUGGCACAGACGGACGACGACGACGAGAGGCCCGUGGAGGCGAUCGACAGCGAGACGGUGGACGCGCGGGAAUCGGCCAUUCAUCGGCAUGCGGUGCUCACGACCGUCGUGGCCAGUGGGCUGACUCAGGGCGUGCUGUACUGCGAGCCGAGCGUUGUCGUCCUGCGGCCGCUGGUGGCAGCGUUCCGCGACCGCCUGGGCACUGGUCGUAUUCAGGCCGUCUUUGCAUUGGACGGUGCACAGCCCCAAGGCCAGUUUGCUCACGCCGGCGCGCCUGGCAGCAGCGCGGCCGACGCCGACGGUGACCGCGACCUCGACAUCGACACUGGUUUGUUCUACGUGGCGGAUUCCGCCGGCUCCACGGACCUCAUGCUGAGGACCUGGAUGCUGCUUGCGGAGUCCGCUGGCGAGGGGCGCGCGGCCGUUCACAAGUGGGCGCUGCUCGAGGCGAUUCGCGCGGCGCCGUGGGUGAAAGUCGCCAGCGUACCUCGCGAGGAGUUCGCCAAUGGCAACGCCUUCUGGGGUCACCGCGGCGCUUUGCAGACCGAUCGGCUACGAGCCGUCCAUGUGAAUUGGAUGGAUCCGCAACUAAGGCUCGAGUGCAUGGCGCGCGCCAGGCUGCUGGCACCUGCCCCUGGCACGGGUGCCCGCGCGGGUGGGCCUUGGUGGAGCGACGCUGGGGACAUCGCCACGUUUGACGACGGAGACUCGCUGCGCGUGAGUUCUUGCAGCGAUGGCAUCGCUGGCGAUUCUUAUUCGACCCACGCGUGA